AACAUUUGUUGAAACGUCAACACAAGUGGCUAGUAACACGGUUACCAUAGAUAAAACACGUUUCCUGAAAACCAGCUCAAACAAGUGUUACAGAAACGAAGAUCUGGAUAUCUUUCUAUUGUUGGGUCGUCAAGGGGGCUUGCUGGUCGACGGUAUACAUAAUGACUACAGGCAAACCGAAGAUUGAGGAGAAGAUCUUGCAAUAUGAAACAUUUAUCAACGAGGUGUUGAGGCGAGAUCUACAGAAAGUAUUAGAACAAAGAGACGGCGUGUAUGAGAAGAUAGCCCAGUAUCUCCAGUUGAAAAAUACCAUUGAAGCUCUCCGGGAAUCCGAUAGCAAGGAUCUUAAGACCGAAGUUGAUCUUGGUUGCAAUUUCUAUGUGCAAGCUUGUGUACCAGAUGCAUCAAGAAUAUUUGUGGCCGUUGGAUAUGGAUUUUUUGUAGAAUUCACACAUUCAGAAGCAUUGAAGUUCAUUGAGAAAAAGACAAAUCAGCUUACAGAGUAUACGGAGGUUCUUACCAGAGAUUCGGCAAAGAUCAAGGCCAAUAUUCGCAUGGUGUUGGAGGGCUUAAGAGAACUGCAGGGUCUGAAAGAUCUUCCCGAGGCAAGGAGAAGAGAGGUGUUUUGAGUUUACUUUGAGAGCUGUGUUGAUGACAACAUUGUAUCAUGAUUGCAUUUUAUAGACAUGAUGAGACAAGUUUGUUUGUUUCAAACAACGCAAGUGCUUUGCAGAACAGGUUGUACUGUUAAAAUGUUGCAAACCUGCUGUUUGAUGUUAAUAAAUUUGAAAUUAUUUUUG